CUCCCCGUAAGCGACUGGGUUUAUUUUUGGGUCAGUGACAGUGUGUCAAUGGCUGCCGAUGCGUCGGACAGGAAGGCUCUGAGGUACAAGCAAACUCUGCUCUAUGGAGAGUACCAGGAGCACCAAGGAGGCUCGGGCAGAAGGGAGGCCACACGCCUGCUGACUGAGAGGCAGAUCAAGAAACAUGGAAAUCAUCAUCACAGCCAUGGGAGGACACGACAUGUACAUGGUCGCCAUAGUCACAGCCAUCAACAUGCCGAUCACAGCAGGCAAAAGACGAGGUUUCAGCCCAACAUGGAAAAUGAGGCCGCUGAUGAGCAAAUGGCUGAAAACGAAUUUACCUCCAUGAGGAAAAUGCGCUCCUACUCCAAAUGCAGAGACUGCAUAGCACGGGUUCAACGGUUUCUUGUGACGAGGCUGGGGGAAGACUGGAUCUUCCUGGUUCUACUGGGAAUCACGAUGGCUCUGGUCAGCUGGACGAUGGACUAUGCCAGUGCAAAAAGCCUGCAAGCCUAUAAGUGGAUUUAUAGGGAACUGAGGGGGAACAUCCCCCUGCAGUACCUGGCGUGGGUUUCCUAUCCCUUGAUGUUUAUCCUCUUCUCCUCCCUCUUCUGUCACCUGGUUUCUCCUCAAGCUAUCGGUUCUGGUAUCCCAGAGUUGAAGACCAUCCUGAGAGGGGUUGUUCUUAAGGAGUACUUGACUCUGAAGGCCUUUAUUGCAAAGGUCAUUGGCCUGACUGCAGCGCUGGGCAGUGGCAUGCCUGUAGGAAAAGAAGGCCCAUUUGUUCACAUUGCAAGCAUCUGUGCAGCGGUUCUCAGCCGCUUCAUGUCCUUCUUUUCAGGAGUUUAUCAGAAUCCCUACUGUUAUACAGACAUCCUCACAGUGGGAUGUGCUGUUGGGGUGGGCUGCUGCUUUGGUACGCCACUUGGAGGUGUGCUCUUUAGUAUUGAGGUAACGUCCACAUACUUUGCUGUGAGAAACUACUGGAGAGGAUACUUUGCUGCUACAUUUAGUGCCUUCAUCUUUAGAGUGUUUUCUGUGUUUAACAAGGAUGCAGUGACCAUCACUGCUCUGUUCAGGACAAACUUUCGUAUGGAUUUCCCUUUUGAUCUUCAGGAGCUUCCUGCAUUUGCCAUCAUUGGGAUUGUCUGUGGAUUUCUUGGGGCAUUCUUUGUCUAUCUCAACAGACAGGUGGUGCUGUUCAUGAGACGACCAAAUGCAAUGACCCGCUUCCUUAUCAAACACCGACUGAUCUUUCCAGCUACAGUUACGCUGGUCAUUGCCACCUUGACCUUUCCACCAGGGUUUGGACAGUUUAUGGCUGGAGAGCUAAUGCCAAGGGAGUGCAUCAACUCUUUGUUCGAUAACUUUACGUGGACGAAGAUUUCAGGAUCUCCCUCUCCGGCAGGUCUGGGCCGCUCUGCUGUCUGGCUGCACCCUGACGUCAGUGUCUUUAUCAUCCUGCUGCUCUUCUUUAUCAUGAAGUUCUGGAUGUCUGCUGUGGCCACAACCAUGCCCAUUCCAUCUGGAGCCUUCAUGCCUGUCUUCAUACUUGGAGCUGCAUUUGGCAGGCUGGUUGGAGAGGUCAUGGCAACCCUGUUUCCUAAUGGGAUUGUGUUUGAUGGCAUUCUGUACCGUAUCAUUCCUGGGGGCUAUGCAGUAAUUGGAGCAGCAGCAUUAACUGGAGCUGUGACUCAUACUGUGUCUACAGCCGUUAUAUGUUUUGAGCUGACGGGCCAGAUCUCCCACAUCCUCCCCAUGAUGGUGGCUGUAAUCCUGGCCAACAUGGUGGCCCAGGGCCUGCAACCCUCUCUGUAUGACUCUAUCAUCCAGGUCAAGAAGCUACCAUACCUGCCGGAGCUUGGCUUUGGACACAUGAGCCAAUACAACAUCUUUGUAGAGGACAUUAUGGUGAGAAAGGUGAAGUUCAUAUCCUCCCAAUCUACAUACAGAGAAGUCAAACACCUGCUGGAUUCCUCCUCACUCAAAACUAUCCCUUUAGUUGACUCAAAAGAUUCUAUGAUCUUAUUGGGCAGCAUUGACCGUGUAGAGCUUCUAGCUCUCUGUGAUUGGUGGUUGUCACCAGAAAGGAGACUUCUGAUGGAGGGUCCAAGUCUACAGGAGCAGAACCAGUGUCCAAAAAGCAGCUGGGAGUCAUUUGCCUUUGUAGAUGAGGAAGAAGAUGAAGAAAGGGACAAGGAGGAGAGAAACGGUCCCCUACCUCCUCCAAAAGUUCAGGAAACUUCCUCGAACCAUGCUGCCACUGAAAAAGGUCCCCUGCAGUCAGUGAGGAGAACUCUCAGAAAUCUCUUCACCUCUAAGAACAGACAGUCAGAGAAAGAAAUGCAGGAGCAAUGCCCUCCUCCUCUGUCAGACACGGUGACAUCAGAUGAGAUUAAAGCGUGGGAAGAGGGAGAGAUGGACAAGCUGAUGGAAAUCGAUGAGAUACGAAUUGACCCUUCGCCUUUCCAGCUAGUGGAGAGAACAUCGUUGCACAAGACUCACACAUUAUUUUCCCUGCUUGGACUAAGUCAUGCUUAUGUGACCAGCAUUGGAAAACUUGUGGGGGUGGUAGCUUUAAAAGAGCUCCAAAAGUCCAUUGAGGGCUCCACGCGCUCCGGUGUCCGACUCCGGCCCCCUUUGGCCAGCUUUCGUGACAUUAGCAACCACAAGUCUGUCCCUAAACCUCCACCUUCGUCUUCCAGUGCUCCUUCAUCACCCUCUGCAACAUUUCCUCCUUCACCUCAAAUGAUCCCAGAGGAUCCCUGCUCCUUAACCCUUGACCACCACCAGGAUAAUCAUCAAAAUCACCACAAGCAUGAAACAGAGGUAUGGAUUGAGGGUGUACCCGGGGAAGCAGAGGAGUGCAGCAGCAGUACAACAAGUCGCUUGAGAAGUAGAAGUUGCAGCAACAACAGCAAUCUCACCCUCCCUCCACCUUCCACUCCUCCUCCUGCCCCUCCUUCCACAACUCCUCCCCCAUCUCCCUCUUCCUCUAUCCCUCUCUCCACUCUGAGGUCUGCCCGGGAACUCCUUGUGGUGGAAGAAGACAGUGAUGAUGAGCCAAUGGUUUAGCUUGUGAACAAAGAAUAUUUUUUAUACUGGAAAUUUUUAUAGAAAGGAGUUUUUUUUUGUUCUUAACUUAUAUUUUUGGUGUUUGGGCACUUUAUGUUCCUUUUUUUUAUCACACUGCUUCAGAAUCUUUAUGGUUUAUAAUUCACUGCUUGCCUCUCAGUUUAUUAAGACUGUAUCUCUCCAGCAAAAUUUUUGUAAUCACUUUUAAAAGUGUUACAUCCUCAAAGUCUCAGUUGAGUUGUGUUGUACCUCAGGGAUCAGUCCUCGCCCCCCUUUUACUCUUGAUUGACCAGAUUGACCAGAACCUUUAGCAUAUUACAUUUGUUGAAUACAGGAAAUAAAGCCCACAAUUGCGCUUAUGAUUGUUUUAGAGCCAAAGCAGCAUCUAGAGAAUUUUGAUAUGCUAAAAUCUUCACCAUAAUCUGCAUGUAAAAGAUUUCUGCUUAUCAUUAAGAAUUCCAUAAAAAGAGAAGAAAAAGAGUAAAUAUAUUAUGAUGAUUCUUUCCUUUUCUUAAUAGUUCAUUUGAUUGUUUCUGUUACUGUCAAACUGCUUUCCAAAAAAAAGAGAGAUUUUAAAUGAAUGGGUUUUUAAAAUUAAUUGUUAGCAAAUCUGAUGAAAAAUAAACAAAAUAUUUUCUGACAAAAACAGAUAUGGCUCUAGAGAAAAGUUCCAGUAGUGCCAUAUUGUUAUUUUAAAUGAAACUAGUGCAGGUGCACUUGAUUUGGCACAGAGCUUUUGGAAAGCAAAGCAGUAAUAAAGCUGUUCAGUCUACCAUGGAAGAUUGGCCAAAGCCCACAACAACCUGUAAAGUGUGCUGACCUUGUGGAAGCGGCCUCAGAGCUAAUUUCUUCAUCGCUAAGUUGACAAAUGAAGCAACUAAAGGCGGCUGACAACACUAAACCUACUCUACACAAAUCCUUUUAUUUUAUUUUUUUUUACAAAGAUGCAUCCCAGAAUGACUCACAGCUUCUUUAAAUUAUUUAAAUGCGAAUAUUUAUGAGGAUCAUUUCGGACAAAACAAACACAUCUACCGCAACAUCAGCAAAGCGAUGGUUAGUGUUCAUGACAGUAAGUGACAGCUGACAGUUUGUUGAAUAACAUCUACACAUAUGAAAAAGAUUCAGACAAAUGCUGACAGAUGGAAAUCUUCUAAAUUAGUAUUUGAAAUAAUUAUCAUAUUUAUUUAAAGGAAGAACAGUCAUGAUGAAUUAAUUCAGUUACUGGAAUUUAAGAGUAGACAUAUUGUAUUUAAGAAUCGUGGGUUUUCAACCCGUCUCUUCUUAAAUGUUGAUCUGUAAUUGGAAUCUACAGUUUUCUGUUGAGAACAGUUAAUCUGGAAAUUAGGAGUUGGGUGUAAUUUCUAACUCAGCUUAGCACCUUAGAGGACCACUAAAUGUUAUAAAUUAUCCUCAGUAAAUUAAUUCACUGAAGAUCAUUUUUGAAAUUCAACAUUUACUAGUCAAACUAAACUCCAGCUGCCAGCAAGGAUUUCAAUAGUAUUUGCUUGUUUACUUACAUAAUCUAUGCCUAAAUGCAUGCACCAUUUCCAUUUUUUAUCUUAUGCUCUUACACUAUUAUGUUCUCUUAACCCAAAGUAAGUCCUCAGGUGCUACCUUAAAAGUCUUUAAAUCUACCCGUUUCAAAGAAAAAAGCUUUUUAUGUUCAAAUAAAAAUGUGUAUCUGUACCUUUUAAAGAGAGGUUCAGUCUCUGUAAGUCUUUAUCCGUCUGUCUGUGCUAAUUUAGUAUUUAUGAAAUUAUUUAUUUUUUGGUGUUUCAGUAGAUUUAAAUGUUAUCCACACAUUGAUAUUACUGAAAAAAAAAGUAGAGAAAUAAAGCUUUGUGUUACUGUA